CAUGACACCUUCUGCCCUUCAACCUGACCAGAACGCGUUCUACACUAACAAUAUUUCUAGGACAUAAACGUAUGCCGUAUGCGUAUGCUACAGGAUCAUCUUCACAGCUGAAUAUACAUCUACUUCCGACCUUCAUCAAAAUAACGAUCAAACUGUUGUCUGAGCAUACAUUGUACACAUCUAUCCGGUAGUCGAUCGCACGCUGAAGUGCACGUUCAUAAUCUUUCAAGGUCACCGAUUAGUGCGGGAAGAUGGAUGAGCUGUUGGUAGAAUGUUCUAUUCACCUUGAUGGUGUCUCACUGAAAGACAUGCGGUCAUUCAAGUGUGGACACGGCUUCUGCAAAACAUGCAUAGACACCCUCUUUGCCGGACCUCCCCCUUUCAAAUGUCCCACCUGCCGCAAGCGCAUCCAGCGCAAAGACGCAUUUCAAAUAUUCCUAAAUCUUCAUCGAUCGCUCACUCAGCCCCGCACACAAUCCGCACCUAGGGAUUCAGGCAUCGACAUUGACCCUACGCUCUCCGAUGACCCUGAUUCAACCACAGAGCGCGUCUCUAGCCUGCGCAAGAAAACGCGGGAAUAUGCCACGGAGAUAAAACGCUUGCAAAAGCGUUUAGAACAAUUGCAGCACCAAUUUUUAGGCGUCAGUGAGGAGCGCGAUGCGUUGGAAGAUGAAUUUUUGGGGUUGCAAGGGGAGUAUGCCGUUCUCGAGGGGCAGAAUGCGGACCUCAAGAGUACGUGCACGACUCAUGAGAACGAGCGCCGUAAAGCAGAUCAUGCGCGUACUGAAAUACAAAAGAGGUACGAAGCUGCUGAGAACGCGGCGCAGGAGUGGAGGGAAAAAUGGAGGAUUGCGCAGAAAGAUGCUAAGAAAGCAGAAGAGAAGAACAAAGAACAAGACGAGAGAAUGAAAGAGUUGGCGGAGAGGAAAAGAGAAUUUGAGAACCGUGCGCAUGAAUUGAAGGUGGCGGUGAGUAUGCAUUCAUUUCAAGCAAGUGUUGCUAGUGAUCUUUCUUGCCUCCCACAGUCUGAAAGAAACAAGAUAAAGUACACCGCUCUCAAAGAAAAGCACGCGCACCUUUUAUAUCUUCAGAAAAUCGAACAAAUCGCAGAGGAUCCGGAAGACCAGUCGCUCUUGGUUGUCGAUAGAAACGCCCCUGACAGACUGGAGCGUGCGUUUGACAAGGACUGGCUAGACGAUGUGUGUGAUGUUCGAGGGGACAAUCUCGAUAUUGAGAUUGGAAGUGAUUAUGACAACGACUCGGGCAAGGAGAAUGGAUAUGAAGGCGAUGAAAACCAAACUGGGCCCAGUCGUAGUGCCUGGUUACGGGGUGGGCGAGCAACGGAAAGCGUGGACGACCGCGAACGACCACUUCCCGAGGAUCGCCCGCGCCCUGCGGUAUUCUUCGAAUCGGAAUGGAACCUUGAAAGGGACGGCACUGGGCACAAUAGAGUGUCCAAAACGAAGAAGCGGAAGAACGAGGAGGACGCCGUCAUGGGAGCGCGACCGACCAAGGUAGUGAAAGUUUCAUUGCAGCCUGCUGGACUGGCGAAGGGAAAGGGGAGGGCUAUUGAAGAGCGAGGUAGUGCGAAGCCGCUCUCGCCUUCCAAGCAGAUGACAGGUUUUUCGCUGACAAAAGUCCCUGCAUUGAAGUCCAAGCCUGACUUGGCGUUAAAUCUGGAUUCAAGGGGUCAUCUGAAGGGGAUCGCGAUGCUGGGAUCAAGACGCAGAUUUGACAAGAAAUCAUAAGUUCGUGCAAUAACGCUAGGGCUGCGAUGUGUACCAUUAUUAUCACUGCUGUUGUUUCAUACCCUGCUUUGCGGCACUACCAUAGUU